GGAAAAAAAAUAUACCGUACACAGCCCGCCAUCUUUGUCCAUCCAGAUUUUGUCUUAUUGAAAAAACGCAUGUCCCGUUAUGGAAAUUCACAUCCACCAAGGCUCCUCUGAACUAGAAAACUUUGUGUAUAACCAAGACUUUAACCUUGCUCAGAACGAGAUCACUGAUUUCCUUACCGGCAGAAAAUGGUCGCUUCUGAGAGAAAUGAUGUUAACCAUGAAACUGAAGCAGAGUACGACAGGAAGCGUGAAAUAAAAGCGUUUGAUGACACCAAAGCUGGUGUUAAGGGACUUGUUGAUGCUGGCAUCACGGAAGUCCCUCGAAUGUUCAUUGGACCACCAGAAGACUUGAACGCUUCUAGUAAUUCCAAUAGCGAGCAGCAUGAGUUUCCGGUCAUUGACUUACAUGGCAUCCACGAAGAUGCGGCCCAGCGGAAGGAGACGGUUGAAAAAGUCCGUGAAGCAUCAGGAACAUGGGGUUUCUUCCAAGUGAUCAAUCAUGGGAUCCCUGAUGAUGUUCUUGAGGAGAUGCUAAAUGGUGUACGCAGAUUCUACGAGCAAGAUACUGAAGUCAAAAAGCCAUGGUACACAAGAGAGCCCGGAUCAAGAAGAGUCGUGUACAAUAGCAAUUUUGACUUGUACAGUGCACCAGUAACUAACUGGAGAGAUACAUUAACCUGCGCCAUGGCUCCUAAUCCUCCAAGUCCUGAAGACUUGCCUUCAGUCUGCAGUGAAAUUUUACUCAAGUACUCAGAGGAAGUAACGAAAUUGGGAUAUUCUCUGUUUGAAUUACUCUCGGAGGCUCUUGGACUUGAUCCAAAUCAUCUGAAGGACAUGGAUUGUGCGGAGGGGCUUAUUGUUUUGUGCCAUUACUAUCCAGCAUGCCCACAACCAGAAUUGACAUUAGGCGCCAGCAAACAUGAAGACGAUGACUUUCUCACUGUGCUUCUCCAGGAUCAUGUAGGAGGUCUUCAGGUUCUUUACGGGAACCAGUGGAUCGAUGUUCCUCCAACACCUGGAGCUCUUGUAGUCAAUAUUGGGGACCUUCUACAGCUGGUGUCCAAUGACAAGUUCCUCAGUGCUCAGCAUCGAGUACUAGCCAAUCGUGUUGGUCCCAGGGUAUCAGUGGCAUCCUUCUUUACCACAUAUCUCCGGCCAUCUACAAAGCUCUACGGACCUAUUAAGGAGUUGCUCUCAGAAAAUGAUCCACCCAAGUACCGGGAAACCACAAUUAAGGAUUAUUCAGCCUACUUCGACGCCAAGGGACUCGAUGGAACUUCUCCUUUGCUGCACUACCGGCUGUAAUUAUCCGUAUGGAAAUGAUACAGAUUUAACCUCGAGUGAAUUGUAAGAGUGUGAAAUCACAAUACUUAAAAACUCUGUUCAACUCCGAUAGAUGUUUUCUGCAUAAUGAACAACGGUACAGAAAAAAAAAAGGCAUGAUAGCAUAAACAUUUUAUUCUUGUUUUUGCAUUGAAUACCAAAUAAAUUUUAGAGU